UGAAAGUGAUAAAAUGACAAGGGCAGCAAUGGCUAAUUGCCAGUCCUCAUCAGGCAGUUUGAGAAUGCAUUUAUUAGAUGUUGGAAAAUCGAAAAGCUUAGACUCAAGAGAAUCUUCUCAUGCUAAAACAAACAAGGCUGAAGCAAUAAAGAAAACACAGCAUAUACAAAGAACAGCUUCAUUAGGAUGUGGGCCAAAAGAUGAAACAGAUGAGAUCAUUGACUCGUUAAUUAGUAUUUAUGGUAUACCAUGCACAGAGGCCAUGAAAAGUCUCAAGAAGAGACUGCAGGAUGAGUUAAGACGCGUAACCAGAGACAGGAAAAGAAAACUUGAAGAGCUGGAGGAAAUAAGAGCCCUACAGAUGCAGAUAGGAGCUUUGAAACUUGAAUCUGAAGCUUGUGCCAGAAAUAGAUCUUUUUUAGAUCAACGAUCCAAACCUCUUCAUUUGCAUACUGACUCCCAGCAAGACAAUAGAAAAAGAGGAGCACAACAGCCACAAUCCUCAACUCCCAGAUCCUCACCGCAGGUCACCCCUCGACGUCAGCGUCACAAGAGGCAGCUGUCUGAUCCUAUGGUAUCAAAGUUCUCUCCGAUCAAGGAGGACAGGGAUAUAGAAAUUGAUUUUCAAACUCAAAUGCAGGAACCACUGAAUAUUCAGACCAUGAAAUAUUUAACAGAUGAUAGUUCCCAGUCUGGAAUAAGUGAUGCAGAAAGCACACGAUCAGAGCCAGUUAGGGAUGCCAGGUACAACAAGAUAAAACCAUCAGAUUACACUCGUAUAUUCUAUCUAAAGAAUCAAGGCCAAGAAAGUUCUAAUGACAGACUGAAAAUCUCCAAAAAUGGCCAGGCUGACUACAAUGGUGGUCAGUUCUUGUGUCUUAGUAGAUCCGAUCAACAGUUAUCUUCACGUUCAAGAUCUUCAUGUUAUUCUGAUGAUGAAGAAAUCAAAGUUAGAGAAGAAAAGAAAGCAUUCUUGCAAUAUGAGAUACUGAAAAGAAAACAACAACUGCAAGAAACAGCAAGACUGAAAAAUGAGCUCCUAAAAUUGGCUAGAGCGAAACAAAGUUUGACUCAUAGUUAUGAGGACAUAUCUCGGCAAGAUCAAACUCCAAGCCCUCAGCCUAGACCAGUGGCUGUUGGUAUCAUUAAACCUAUUGAUGAUGAGCCACCUGUUUUGUAUGAAUUCCUGCCAGAGAGUUGUCGAAGCUCAAGAGAACCAUCUAGAGAAAGUUCCAGAGAAAGAUCAAGAGAAAGGACAGAAAACAGAGAUCUGACAUUUAGAUUUAGAGAUGAUGCUCAUGACGGCAGGAUUGUGCCCGAACACAGGAGCCGUGACAGACACCGACAUCAUGCCAGCCAUUAUCAGUCUCCACCUCAGGACACGAAGACCAUCUCCAACUAUAGCUCCACUGAAUACUUGGCUCACAAACUAGAAUCUGCUUCAAGGCAUUUCAUGGAUGAGCCUGACCAGUAUGGAUCACAUAGCUGGGUGGCUAGUCAUCACCUCAAUGGAAGCUUGGUCUCAGUUCAGACAUUUUCACAGCCUUCCAUCAGCAAACGGGAGGAUUCCACUCAGUCUUUAUCAACGGGAAGAACUGAUACAGCAAAGAAAGAUACUGGAAUUGUGUCUAGUGUGACUCUACCAAAUAUUUACUCCAACAUGGAAGAGAAGCAACUUAGAGCAGCUUACAG